AUGGUUUGUAAAGAAGUUGGAGAUAAAUUCUUCUGUAUUCUUAUUGAUGAAGCACGAGAUAUAUCUAAAUGGGAGCAAAUGACCAUUAUCUUGAGGUUUGAGAACAAUCAUUGGAUUUUGACAGAAAGAUUUUUUGCUAUCAAAAGUGAUGUCAGUGUUAUUUGGGAAUUCUUUUCUCAUUUGGAAAAUAUUGUCAAUAUUGUUACUUCUUCUACUAAGCACAUUGCUGAGUUACAUACUGCACAAAGAAAUGAAAUUGAACAUAUGUUGGCAAUUGGAGAAUGUGAUUCUGGAAGUGGGGCCAAUCAGAUUGGUAAUUUGCAGCGAGCAGGAGCUACUCGUUGGAGUUCUCACUAUGACUCAGUAAAAAGCUUGAUAGGUAUAUAUGCUGCAAGUUGCAAAGUUUUUGAAGUUCUUAGUGACUAUUCUCCAAAUGGAAGAGCUAAGGCCGAAGUUCGGGGAAUUUACAGAAACAUGGCAAGCUUUGAAUUUGUAGUCAUUUUGCACUUAAUGUAUAAAAUUAUGAUAAUAACAGAUACUCUUUGUCAUAUUCUUCAAAUAAAAUCUCAAGACAUUUUGAUUGCUAUUACAUUUGUCUCUACUACCAAAACCAUCCUUCAAGAACUUAGAGAAUGCGGGUGGGAAGAAUUUCUUCAUGAAGUGAAAGUUUUUUGUUUGAGAAAUGAUAUUGAUGUGCCUGACCUUGAUUGCCUAUAUAAGAUUGGUCGUUCUUGUCAGCAAACUACAAUUGAGCAUCAUUAUCACUUUGAUGUUUUUAAUGUAGCAAUAUAUUUCAUCUUGAUGGAGUUAAAUACUCAGUUCAAUGAGUCAUCAGUGGAACUUCUUUCUCUUAGUACAGCUUUGGAUCUGAAAAUUUUAUUUGAUUCAAUUAAUAGUGAUGAUAUUUGCAAACUUGCAAAGAAGUUUUAUCCUGAAGAUUUCACAAAUCAAGACAUCGUUGCUUUGAAUAUGAAUUGGUACAUUAUAAACUUGAUGUGA